UCAUCAGAGAGCCUGAUGUUUCCACAUGAGGAGCGCAGCACACACACAUGCAGCAGGGAUGACUGUCUGGGCAGAUGGUGCUCAGUGUGUGAACUAGAAGCUGAGACAAGGCUGAGGGGGACUGAGACUGUGUCCAUCAUGGGAUGUUGCAGUGUCACUCAGAGGCAUACUGGAGUGGACGAGGUGGGCCCGGAUGAGAUCGAGCUCCUGGAACUCUCUGGAGACAACUUAGGGGUGUGGAGUCUGGGAGAGACGCGGCUGCAGCUGUCAGUAAGAACCAGCAGAGAUGAGCAGCAUCUACCACCACCUCCACCUCCACCAACACGCCCACCACCGCGCUACCCCUCAACAAGGCAUCUGGAACAAGAGGUGGUGCUGUGGGGUAGGACCAGAGAAGACUUACACCACAGGAUUUACUCCCAGCAGCCAAUCAGGGACUGGGAGGGCCAACAUCCACACAUGUAUGGAGAGAUCAUCCACUCCUCUCUGGUAUCUGUCUUCAGCAGCUCCACUCAGGAAACCAGCGAACGCUUCCUGGUGUUGUUCUCGUUCCACCUGCUGAUCCUCUCACUGGAUCACUCAAGACAAGACUUCAUGUAUGAGGGCAUCCUUCCCCUCUCUGGACUUUCCCUACAACCCGUCUCCCUGGACUCUGACACACCACAUUCACCACACAUGUUUGAGAUCAGCAGUCCCAUGGUGGACUCUAAAGUCUUCAUAUGUUCUGGGGCUGUAGACUUACAGAAGUGGAUGCAACAUAUAGAGGAGAGAAAAUACAAGUCGAUGAUGCAGUCCAUGAGCCCCUCCCACUGUGCACUCUCAUAUCUGUUACCCUGUGACGAGCACUGGAAGAGAGACGAGCUGAAGAACUACUUACUACAGGCUCCCAUAUGGCAGUGGGAGGGUUCACCCAUACAGCACAUGGGUCAGCCAGGAUGUAUGUCUUUGGUUCAUAUCAUCAACACAAAGAGACAGGGACUCCAAGAAAGACUGAUGGUCCUCUUCCCUCAAGAAGUGCUGCUGCUGUCAGUGGACAACAAGCGACUGAACAUUAGAUAUGAGGGCAGGUUACCUCGUCACAGCAUCAAAGCUGUGGAGAGGUCAGCUCUGCCUGGACGGCUGGAGUUUGAGCUGAUAGGUGAGCUGGUGGAGCCUCUGCUUGUCUCAUGCACCUGUCAAGAGGAUUACUGGAACUGGAUCUUUCAGUUACAACAGCCUGACAGAGGCAGCCACAUUACUGUGAGUCCUCCUGCACCUCCCAUCAAGCCGAAGCUGCAGAGGAGCAGGAAGGAGUCACAGGAGCCAAUCAUCAAAGACCUAUGUCACAUCAACGGACGCAGCUGACUCCUCACAUUCACAGAGGCUUGGAAAGUUCAUGUAAAUACUAAGGUGUAGAUAGCGUGUAAAUAUUGGUUUAUGACUAGUUUUGCAGCAUUGAAGACUUUCUGAAACAUGCUGACUCUGGUUUUAUACAUUACGGUGACAUCAUCCCUCUGAGGGACAGAGAGAUACUCUCGCCUCUCGUACGUGGGGACAGACAGAAACAGGACGUAUGAACACAUGUAGAUGUAGACUGUAGAGCUGUUAAUAAAACUGAGAAACAGAA